AUGGGGAAUUGCAGUCCAAGAGGGGUCACCACCAUAGAAGAGAGCCAGAAUCCGAUCCGGGUUCAAACCGAUUCCGGCGAGAUCAUCGAGUUCAAUGCUCCUAAGCUCGCUAAGGAUGUCGUCAGCGACUACCCCGGCUUCAGCAUUUACAGAGAUGGUCAAACUCAAGGGCCAUCCGCGGCCCCUGUCCCUCACUGCGAGUACUUGAUCGGCGGGCAGUUUUACUGCCUUGUUCCGGUAAAGAUUGCAGCUUUACCGGAACACAAGGCGGUCCCGAUUGGUGGUGAUGAUGGGCCGAUGAAACCGAAGGAGUUGUCAUCGGAUUCCAAGAAAGAGGCGCAGGAGCAGGGGAAGGGGUCAGCAGCGCUCCAUGUGCUGCCGUCGCACAGGGAUGGAGUGUGGAAGGUGAAGCUGGUGAUCGACCCCAAGCGGCUGGAGGAGAUUUGGUCGGAGCAAGAGAAUGUUGAGGCGUUGAUUGAGAACAUGAGGAUGGUGGCCGCCGCGUCGGCGGCGGAGAGUUUCACUCCGAGGCGGAGCCGGAGUUCUUGGGGGGUGUCGAGGAAAGCGGCUUCUCUUUCUCACAUGCUCAAGCUGCCCAACUGA